AUGGCGUCUUUUGCGGCUGCCGCACGCCGUGCAUCGGCUCGUCUCGCCACCAGCAGAGGCGCCUCACGAGGCCUCAGCUCGUCGGCGCGAUGCCUCGCCGCGCAAAACUUCGUCAUGCCCGCGCUUUCCCCGACCAUGACGGAGGGAAACAUUGCGUCCUGGAAGGUCAAGGAAGGCGAGGGCUACAGCGCCGGCGACGUGUUGCUGGAGAUUGAAACGGACAAGGCGACCAUGGAUGUCGAGGCUCAGGAGGACGGGCUCGUGAUGAAGAUCGUGGCAGGGGACGGGGCCAAGUCUGUCCAGGUGGGCACGAGGAUCGCCGUGCUCGCCGAGGCAGGGGACGAUGUCAAGACGCUGGAGAUGCCGGCGGACGAGCAGCCGCUCGGGGCCGGCCCCUCGUCGUCCGCUGGCCCCUCUGGUGGUCCGAGGGAGGCCGGUGGUCCCGGCGACGGCGACGGGCGCGGGCGCGGGCACGGGCACGGGCAAGGCAAGCCUGCCGCUCACGCGGCCCAGAGCGCCGAGCUGCAUGAGCAGAGGUAUCCGCUGAUGCCGUCAGUCGAGACGCUAGCCCACCGAAACGGCCUGAGCAGAGACGACCUGGCCAGGAUCAAGCCCACCGGCCCCAACGGGCGCCUGCUCAAAGGCGACGUGCUCGCCCACCUGGGAUCCAUCAGCGCCGACCGGCCCGCCGCCGUGUCCUCCCGCUUCGAGAGGCUGUCGCGCCUGGACCUCAGCAACAUCAAGCUCGCGCAGAACAAGGCGCCCGCCGCCAAGGCAGCCCAGGAAAAGGCUUCCGCGGCCGCCGCCCCUCCGCCCCUGCGGAUCAACCUCCCCAUCUCGCUGGCCAAGGUGGCCGAGGUCCAGCGCAGCAUCCACCACACCCUCGGCGUCUCCCUGCCGCUGUCCACCUUUGUCAGCCGCGCCGCCCAGGUCGCCAACGACAACCUGCCGCCUGCGAACCGCGCCCCCACGGCCAGCCAGCUCUUCGACCAGCUCCUCGGCUUGGACGAGGUCAAGGCCGCCCGCGGCUCGCGCGGCGUCUACCUGCCCCAGGUGUCUGCCGCGGGCCCCCGCGCGCAGCCCGGGAGAGCGGCCUCGCGGGCUGCAAGCGGGGAGGGGACGGACAUUAUAGCCGUCCUGGCGGGCAGGCCUGCCAAGAAGCGCGCGCGUGAAGCCGGUGCCGGUGUCCCUGCUGUUCCUGGCCUCUCCAGCGGCCUCAACGUCUUCAGCCUCGUCGUGCCCAAGGAAGAAGAGCGCCGGGCACACGUGUUUCUCGAGAGAUGCAAGGCGAUUCUGGAAGAGGAGCCUGGACGACUGGUUUUGUGA